UGAGCCUCAGCCCUGCGGUCCGUCGCCUAGGUGGAGGACCAGACCUGACCAGAGCCUUUCCCAGCGCCUCCAGCCGCCGGUGCGACCGUCCGGUUCAGCGGUCCCGAGCGAGCCCUAGCCCCGCGCCGGGUCCGAGAUGGCUUCAGUGACUGAUGGUAAAACCGGAGUUAAAGAUACCUCUGACCAGAAUUUUGACUACAUGUUCAAGCUGCUCAUCAUUGGCAACAGCAGCGUCGGCAAGACCUCCUUCCUUUUCCGCUACGCUGAUGACACCUUCACUCCAGCCUUUGUCAGCACCGUGGGCAUUGACUUCAAGGUGAAGACAGUCUACCGCCAUGAGAAGCGAGUGAAGCUGCAGAUCUGGGACACAGCUGGGCAAGAGCGAUACCGGACCAUCACCACAGCCUAUUACCGUGGGGCCAUGGGCUUCAUUCUGAUGUAUGACAUCACCAAUGAAGAGUCCUUCAAUGCUGUCCAGGACUGGGCUACUCAGAUUAAGACCUAUUCCUGGGACAACGCACAGGUUAUUCUGGUGGGCAACAAAUGUGAUGUGGAAGAAGAGAGGGUGGUCCCUACUGAAAAGGGCCGACUCCUUGCAGAGCAACUUGGGUUUGACUUCUUUGAAGCCAGUGCCAAGGAGAACAUCAGCGUGAGGCAGGCCUUCGAGCGCCUGGUGGAUGCCAUUUGUGAUAAGAUGUCUGAUUCGCUGGAUACAGACCCCUCCGUGCUGGGUGCCUCCAAGACCACACGUCUCUCAGACACUCCGCCCCUGCUGCAGCAGAACUGCCCGUGCUAGGCAAGGCCCACCCUCCUAGCCUCCCCUCAUUGUGGCCCCACAUGCACUCUGCUUCUCUCUGUCAUAUGCUGUCCAUUCCCAGCCCCAAGCAAGUUGAGUUCUUUGCCAGCCCCUGUGGUUCUCUGCAGAUGGCUGCAAUUAGAGGCACAAAUCAGUAGACUCACAGUGCAGGUCACGGUGUGGUGAAGAUUCCUUUUGCAAAAAGAAAAUUCCCUGUUAUGAAGGGGAUUUACUAUAAGAACUUGGAAAGAGUCUUUUCUUCCCCUUAAAAUAAAAUUUCCUUUGCCAAAAUUUCACACACACACACACACACACACACACACACACACACACACACUCUUUUCAGGGACUGGCCAAAUGUGUACAGUGAAGCCCACCAGCACAGUUAAUCCUAUUAACUAGAACUUCCCAAAGUACAACCUGCUUGUUUCCUAUCAGGCCCGCUGUGGGGUUUCCUCUCAAUGCCAGUCAAGCUUUGGUUGCAAAGCCCUGAGCCUGUUACCACGGAUGCCCACAGGGCCCAGGCAGUUGCUGUGGUGACAGGACAGUGCUAAUCUCCUGAGAGCUGACUCUAGUGAUGCUGAAGGAGCAAAGGCUGAGUGAGAAACACACUUAAAAAGAUUAUCUCCUGCAAAAUGUCAAAGGCUCCCACUAUCUCAAAGUACAAGGACGAGAGAGAGAGAGAGAGAGAGAGAGAGAGAGAGAGAGAGAGAGAGAAGUGACACACAGAUGACAAAGGGUCAUGUGCUUCUAGCUGGUUCUAUUUGUUGUUGCUUGUUUGCUUGAUUGUCUGUUUUGAGACAGGAGAUCACGCUGUAGUCCCAAGCUGACCUCCACUUGCUAUAGAGUGGCCUUGAACUCAAUCCUGCUGCCUCAGUUUCCUCAUUGCUGGGAAUACAGGUGUGCAAAACCACA